CCAAAAGUUCACAGUCUUACUGUCAGAUUUGAAUUGUGCUUACUGUUUCCUUCAGUGCUUAACAGGCCACAGUGAAGGUACAUCACCUUUGCCCCUUUUUUGAGAUGGCUCAAGAUUCAGUAGGACUUUCUUCUGAUUAUCAGUUUUGGAUGCAGAAACUGUCUGUAUGGGGCCAGGCCUCCACUUUGGAAACCCAGCAAGACAUCUGCCAUCACCUACCUCAGUUCCAGGAGUUCCUGAGGCAGAUUUAUGAAACCUUAAAAGAGAUGGAUUCAAAUACAAUCAUUGAAAGAUUCCCCACAAUUGGUCAACUAUUGGCAAAAACUUGCUGGAAUCCUUUUAUCUUAGCAUAUGAUGAAAGUCAAAAAAUUCUAACAUGGUGCUUAGGUUGUCUGAUUAACGAAGAACCACAGAGUUCUGGAGAAUCGAAACUGAACUCCUGGACACGGGGGUUGUUAUCUCAUAUACUUGCAGCAUUCAGAUUUGAUAUAAAAGAAAUUGGUCUUUUUACUCAAAGUCUUGGGUAUGCACCUGCAGAUUAUUAUCCUGGUUUGCUAAAAAAUAUGGUUUUAUCAUUAGUGUCUGAACUCAGAGAGAAUCAUCUUAAUGGAUUUAACACUCAGAGGCGAAUGGCUCCUGAACGAGUAAGGUCCCUAUCACGAGUUUGUAUCCCACUUGUUACUCUGUCUGAUUUUGAACCACUGGUGGAAGCUCUGCUCACCUACCAUGGCCAUGAACCUCAGGAAAUGCUCUGGCCUGAGUUCUUCGAUGCUGUGAAUGAGGCCUUUUUGCUGAAGAAGAUUUCUCUCCCCAAGUCAGCAGUCAUCUGCCUGUGGCUCCGACACCUUCCCAGCCUUGAAAAAGCAACGCUGCAUCUUUUUGAAGAGCUAAUCUUCAGUGAGAGAAAUUCUCUGAGAAGGACCGAAUGCUUCAUGAAAGAGUCAUUGCUGCCUGAAGCAGCCUGCCACCCUGCCAUCUUCAGAAUUGUUGAUGAAAUGUUCAGGUACGCGCUCCUGGAAACCGACGGAGCCCCAGAAGUGCUGGCCACCCUUCAAGUGUUCACGUGCUGCUUUGUAGAAGCUCUGGGAAGAGAAGACAGCCAGCUGAAGUUUGCACUCAAGACCUACUUUCCUUACGCUCCUCCGUCUCUGGUCAUGGCGCUAGUCCAACACCCGAAAGACAUCCCCCAGGGACUGCGGCACCAGCCACUGAGGCGUAUUUCUGAAAUGCUCAGAGAAACGGUGGAAGACCAGGCUCACGGGUCCUCCGGAGGCCCCUUUGAGAGCUGGUUUUUGUUCGUUCACUUUGGAGGAUGGGCUGACGCGGUGGCUGAGCAGUUACUGGUGUCAGGAGCUGAACCCCCCGAGGCCUUGCUGUGGCUCUUGGCAUUCAGCUACAGCCCACGUGACGGGAGUCAGCCGAGAGCACAGACCAUGGUAGAGGUGAAAGCAGUGCUCGGCCACCUCAGGAAGCUGCUCAGAAGCCCGACCCUCUCGGCCAGGGAUCUGCAGGCAGCAGCCCGAGAGCGUCCAGGCGGGGCCUCCGGGCCGCUGGCCUGUGGGCAGCUGAUCAGGCACCUCCUCCUGAACUUCCUGCUCUGGGCGCCUGCAGGCCACACGAUUGCCCGGGAAGUCAUCAGCCACAUGGCUCAGACUGAGGAGACAGCCCAGGAGACCAUCGGCUUUCUUGACCGGACCUUGUACAGAUGGGAUCGUCUUUGCCUGGAGGCCCCGGCAUCGAGACGACUGGCCCGGGAGCUCCUUACAGAGCUGCGCGCACGUCCAGCGCCGGCCCGCUGAUCGAGCCCCGCCCUGCGGGCCAGGUCUGUUGUAGAAGUCAGGUCGUUGUUGCUGGUGUUCCUUUGAAUCCACAGGAUCUGAGAGAAAGCACUUUUCUUCGGUCUCUAGCAAGGAGAAUUGCCCUUGGGCACCGUGAGCGAGCCGAGGGGAAGGAGCGAGUAGGACAGGGCACACUGGUCCGUGCCGCCUGCCGUGGACAGCGACACCGCCGGCCACCCCGGGGAGCCAGUCUGUGCUGAACACCGGCUGCUGCCACAGCCCGCUGCCCCGUGGCCUCAGAGACGCUGCCGGAGGGCGAGGACUCGCUCCAGAGACACCAGGAAAGGGUGUCAGCAGUUACCUUGUUACGUGAACUGGAAAUGGAAAUUUCUAAUAAAGAAUUGGUAAC